GCAGCAUAUCCUCAGUUGUGCUCAUACCCUAAGGAUAUACAGCAGCACCAGGAGCUCACUGGUGCUCAAGAAACUUGCUUUUCCUCUCAUUGGAUGCUGGUCUGACCUUGCAAGAUGGACCUACGAGUAGCAUGCAUCCUCCUCUUCAUGGCGGCCUCCACUGCUGCCCACGGGAAGGGGUACGUGGUGAAGAAGGUGGUGCCCUACAACGUGAAGAGCCACGUGGUGUCGGUCGCAGGUGAGCCUGGACCUCCUGGUGAGCCUGGCCCCGAGGGACCUGCAGGCCCCCCCGGCGAGCCCGGUCAGGACGGCGUCGGCCUCCCCGGACCCCAGGGGCCCCCCGGACCUCCGGGAAGCCCCGGCCGCUCCAUCGCCGGAAAGCCCGGCUCUCCAGGCGGGCCCGGCAAGCCCGGCAGCCCCGGGGCGCCCGGAGAGAAGGGAGACACCGGCGCCGCCGGCCUGCAGGGGCCCAGGGGAGCGCCCGGUUCUCCCGGCAGCCCCGGCCCCGCCGGGCUCUCCGCCACCGGGAAGCCUGGACCCUCAGGUCUGCCCGGAGCCAUGGGGCCCAGAGGAGAGCCCGGUCUGAAGGGACAUCCCGGCAUCCCGGGCCUGCCCGGUGCGAAGGGUGACAGAGGGAUCGGAGCUCCGGGACCUCAGGGAGAGACAGGACCCGAGGGGCCCGCGGGCCCACCCGGACAGCCCGGCGAGGCCGGAGUCGGAAAGCCAGGGAGAGCAGGUUUGCCCGGUGAGCCAGGUAAAUCGGGCACCCCGGGUAGAGAUGGAGCCGUCGGCCCCAUGGGGCCCCAGGGACCCAAGGGACACACCGGUGCCCCGGGUGUCGGCGUUGCAGGGAAACCGGGUGAGAACGGCGCCCCGGGUCUGCCCGGCGCCGUCGGUCCCAAAGGCCACCAGGGGCCUGCCGGAGCGCCCGGCGCGCCCGGAGUCCCCGGAUACGGAAAGCCCGGCGCGAACGGAGAGAAGGGAGAGAGAGGAGCGCCAGGCAGCACGGGCGCCCCAGGUGCAAAGGGAGAGCAGGGUCCGACCGGCUACACUGGUGCCACUGGAGCGACCGGACCCACGGGGCCCGCCGGAGCUCAGGGGGCGCGAGGUUUCACCGGAGAGCCCGGUGCUGUCGGCCCUAAAGGCGACACCGGCGCGACCGGACCUCAGGGACCCAAGGGAAACAAGGGCGAUCAGGGAGUGCAGGGCUUCCAGGGUAAGCAGGGUUAUCCCGGCGCCGCCGGUCCUCCUGGACCCCAAGGGGCCACCGGAGCCACAGGCGACAAAGGUCAUGUAGGAGCUCCCGGUGUCACCGGUGCUCCGGGUAUCCCCGGCCCCGCGGGGCCUAAAGGUCACCCCGGCCGCGCCGGUGAGCCGGGAGCCUCAGGCUCCGACGGAGCUCCGGGUCCCAGAGGACCCGCCGGUGCCCAAGGUCCCGCCGGUGCUCCCGGUCUGAAGGGACACCCUGGUCUUCCCGGCGCUCCGGGUCCCGCCGGCCUGGCCGCCAAGGGCGUCCCCGGACCCCAGGGUCCCCCUGGCGUUCCCGGCGAGAACGGCGCCGACGGAGAGGCCGGUCCGGCCGGACCCCCCGGCCCCCCGGGCCCCCCCGGCGAGGUGGUGUUUGAGAAGGGCAUGGGGAUGAGCGAGGUGAUGGUCAAGUCCCCCAUGUCUGCCUUCACCGCCUCCCUGGCCACGCCGUACCCCGCCGCCGGCAGCCCCAUCAAGUUCGACCAGAUCGUGUACAACGCCGAGGGCCACUACGACCCCGAGUCCGGCAUCUUCACCUGCCAGGUCCCCGGAGUCUACUACUUCUCCUACAGCAUCCACGUCAACGGCGCUCACGCCCUGGUGGCGCUGUACAAGAACGGCCAGCCCGUUCUGUUCACCUACGACGAGUACAACAAAGGCUUCCUGGACCAGAUGUCCGGCAGCGCCGUCCUCCUGCUGGACGAGCAGGACACGGUCUACGUCCAGAUCCCCGACGACGAGGCCAACGGCGUCUUCGCCGCCGAGAACGUCCACUGCUCCUUCUCCGGUUUCCUCAUCGCUUCGACGUGAUACGUUGACGCAGCGAUCCCCGAAAAGCCAACCAACUAAAUUUGCGAUCUAUUUCUCAGAGUAGACUCCCUGUUCAUCCUCCUCAAACCCAACAGACAGGAAGUUCACCCUCCUUUGAGGAAUAGAAGCAUCUCGACUUGAAAACUGCGAGAAUAAAGGUGCUUAAGAAGAAGGAAAACUAAUUUAUGAUAACGAGUGAUCAGGGAUGGGGAAGCAAUCCACAAAGUUGCCAGUGAGGUUUUGUAAUGGAUACAGCAUGUGAAAUUGAGGCGUUGUUACUGUGUCGUGUCCUGACUUUCAUUUCCACUCUGUUUCCUUUUAUACUGAUUUCCGCUGGUGACUCUUAAAUGUUUGUCUGUUUUUGUUUUGUUUUGUACGACCUUGUUUUGUUUGUUUGGGUGACCAAUAAUCUUAUUAAAAGUACACUAAAUACUUUUUUUUUUUUCCGUGCAACAUGUUGUAACUCAAUGUGACUUGAAGAGAUUGUGAAAUGGUGACGGUCAAAUUGACCGCUGCAGAGAAACAAGUCAUCAGCAUACUGUCAUGCAAACUCAAACUGUUUAACAGCAACAGCGUUGUAUCCCUGGAAAUGCAUUAUGUCAUGUAAAACAUAAUGACCAAAAUAAAUGUUUUACCUAAUACUUUCUG